GGCCGGCCGCGCGGGCUGCCCGCGCUUCCGGGCGGUGCGAUGGAGCUGGUGGCGGAACUGAGGGGCUGCGACGGCGAGACGCGGUCGGUGCGAGUACCGCUGCCUCACCUGACGGAGCGGGGCGAGGCCGGGCAGCUGCGCGGGCUGCGGCAGAGCCUGGCCGAGCUGCGGGAGCGGGUGGUGGAGCUGUUGGCGCCCUUGGUGCAGGCCGAGAGAGAGGCGGCGGGUGGCGGCGGGCCGCGCGGUGACGCCGAGGAUGAUGACGACGAUGAGCAGGAGGAAGAUGAGGAUGAUGAAGGCGAAAAUAGUAUCGGCACGAAAGCAAACGCCGACGACCCACCUCGAAAGCGGACGAGGGUUCAGCAGCCGUGGUGACGGCACUGGGUACUUGGGUCAGGCCUCUCUAGGAGACAUUCUAGCUGCACCGGGUGUGAGGGUGUCCGGGCAGG